AUGUGCCGAUCACCGGCGGCAAAUAUCCGCAAUAUCAGGAGAAGCUUACAAAGAAGAAGUUCUAUAAGAGCACCACAAAUCAGACUCGAAGAAAGCGAUGAGACAGAGCAAAUGGGGGAGCCGAACAUACUGGAUGAAGUAACUGAUGAUACAUUCAAUCUUUUCCAAGAAAUCAGGCUCAAAUGGGAGGGCACAGCCUUUGAGGUUAGACCAAAAAUCUCUAGACUGAAAAAUAACCCAGAAUCAAGAAACUUGAUGCAGCUUCUCGAUGCUUUCUUGAAAGACACGAUCCAGGCAUCCGCGAAUCUAGAAGAACUAAGCCAUAUUGUCUACAGCGCGGCUAUCACAGCUAACACCAUCCAACAAACUGCAUCGAAAAUAAGACAACGAGGGCAUAACCAACAAGGGAAACCUCCUUGGGAGAGCAGACUGGAGGAGAAGAUCAAGAGACUGAGGAAAGAAAUAGGAAGUUUGCAAGCAUUUCUGAACUCCCAGAGACCAAGCAGAAAAUUAGAAAAGAAAGUACAGGAAUAUGCCAGAAGACUAGGACUGAAAAGAAGGGAAGUUGCUUAUCGAGUAAAACUUCAAACUCACUUAGAGAUGCUGAAACAAAAGAUAGCUGCCCUGGGCAACAGAAUAAGGAGGUACCACAAGAGAACCCUGAGAUACCGGCAGAACAACCUCUUCGCCAACAACCAGAGGGAAUUUUAUAGAGGACUCGAAAAGGAAAAGGCAGAAAAAACAGAUUCACCAACACCUGACGUGAUGGGAGAGUACUGGUCGAAAGUGUGGUCUCAGAGCACCAGUCACAACGAGAAUGCCGCCUGA